GAAUUAACCUUUUUUUUUUUUUAAACCUUCAAAAGGCAUAAUUUUUUUUUUAUUAUUAUUAUUACAUUAAUUUAAUUUUCUAUAAUAAAAACAAAUGCAACCUGAGCAGUGGGAACAACUAAAGAAUGACAUUCAUAGUAAAUGUGUAGCCUAUGACUAUAUUGACGCGGGAGAUAAAACACUUUCUGAGUUCAUCAUAGACUUGAUUCGAGUUGGUAAAACAUCGGAAGAAGUUAAUAAUGAGCUCUUACAAUUGAUUGGUUCAGAUUAUGAUUCCAAUGUCACUCAAUGGAUGUUUGAACAUAAGCAAUCAUUUGAAAAUCCUGAAACAGAGGCUGCGGCUUCUCCUGAAAAGCAUGUCAAAGACCAGCAACUACAAGGAACUAAUGUACAACAAAAAUCUAAUUUAGAACGUGAAAAUAUAGAAAAACCUAAAAACAGGAUCUUUAGUCAAGCUUUAGGUAAUGCUUUGAAUAAAAGUAAUAAUCGUUCAUCACAAACUACAUCACGCCAUAAUAAUGAUCGUUAUCAUGAUCAUCAUCGUGAUCGUUCGCGUUCUCCCGAACAACGCUUUUCUAGAGCUGAACGUUAUGAGCGUUCUCCAAGUCGUGAAAGAAGAAAAUAUAAUCGAGAUGAGGAUCAACGUAGAGAUGUCUUUUCCAGGAUUGGUAAUGUUAAGAAGGGGGACAGACCAAGUGUAUUUGAUCGCUUAGGCAAUAGUAAGCCUCAAAUUGAAAAUCAAGAAGCCAAAGAAAGUUCCAAACAAGAACGUUGUAAAUAUUGGCCAACAUGUAAAAAUGGAGAUGAAUGUACUUAUUUCCAUCCUACUACAGUUUGUCCUGAUUUCCCCAACUGUCCGAAGAAAUCUAAUGAAUGUAUGUUUAUUCAUCCUGAAACUGCCACUAAACCGAUUAUAAUGCAACAACCUAAUAUGCUUACAAAGCUACCUAUUCCCUGUAAAUUUUAUCCAUAUUGUAAUAACCCAAUGUGUCCCUAUAUGCAUCCUAUAAUGGCGCCUCAACAAGCAUUUUUCAUGCAAUCACAACCAUCGUUUAGCAAUGCUGGGCUACGUGUACAAACACCUUGUAAAAAUGGAGAUGCUUGUACAAGGCCAGAUUGUUAUUUUAUUCAUCCAAGAGACCCUAAUCCAUUUGCAGAUAUUAUCUGUAAAUAUGAUGGAGUAUGUACUAGACCUAAUUGCUUAUAUAAACACACUAAAGAAAAUAACUCUUCAAAAAACAAGACACUUGUUAACAAAAAGAAUGAAAAUACCAAUGAGCGUCAAUUCUCUGUACCUGAAGAUCAAGUUGAAGAGCGUAUUAUUGUAGGUGAAAGUGCUGAUUUAAUUCAUAAUAAUAAUCAACAACAGUCUACUACUAUGGAGAAUAAUAACGCAACGAGUACUACUUCUGUUACCAAUAAUGUAUAAUUAAUUUUUUUUUUUUUUAUUAUUAUCAUUAUUGAUAAAAUAAAGACAAACUAUAU